AUGUCGUUCCUCAACGUCUUGAUCCCGGUGGCAACUCUAACCAGCCUCGUGGGGGAUAUUUGUAAACAAAUCGACGCUGGCCGUCUAGAAGUCACAGAUGCUCCAUCUAACAAGAAACCAACCGCAGAGUUAACCCAGCUCGCCACGCUCCUUGAACAGAAAUUGAACAGGAAAUUCAAAUCCCACACGCUAAUCAAGAUGGAUUCUCUUGAAGACUUUUACUUAGACGAGGUAGAGGGCGAAAAGUGCAUCUUCUGCAUAAGAAGAAACGAAUCCGGACCAGCAAUUUGGACGGAUAUGGUCAGGGAAUGUCGCAUCGAAGAGAAUAACAUCACCCUCAUCGAAGAGGGCUAUCUUCAUGCCGAAGGCGACGACGGCGGAAUUUAUUUCAUACUAUGGCCUCUCAAGGAGCCCGAGGAAAGCGAUGCGACCCAAGGGCCUCAAGGGCAACGAGCUAAGGGAGAGCUGGUAGCUUCGAAAGCACAAUAUGACCCUGUAGACAAAGCUUUGGAGACUAACAGGGUAAAGGAAAUUACCACGCCAGAAGGCGGUAGGAGGCAAUGGAGGCUACCGGCUUCAUGGGAGAGAAUACGCAGAGAAGCGAAGAGGGGAAAGAAGAGAGGGAGUGACUUGAUGGCCGACCCGACACCGGGCAAUACCGCUGAAGAUUAUGCGGAUUUCGAAGAAAUGGUAGAGGAGCUGGCAGACAUCUUUGCGGAAGAAGCUUCGAAGAACACGGGACCAGCAGCAGGGAACUCUAUCGUCCAGCCCAAUAGGCCCUAUGGGACCCGGGAAAAAGCCAGACGACAAGGUAUCAACAGCGAGGUGAUCCCCGUACGGCAGCAGAGCAACAAGAGGCACAAGAUAAGAAAGAGUAUGUGA